GUCUGCCGAGAACUUCGUGGAGUUGGAAGGAGGCGCGCGGCUGGGGGGCGAUGUCGCUGAGCUGGACGCCCCUCUUGCUCCUGGGGGCGGCGCUCUCCCUCACAUACUUCCUGUGCUACUUGUACCUGCAAGAGCCAGAACAAAUCCAGAGGCUGUCUCAGUCCUUCAUGAGGGGCUACUUGGAUGACCUGCCCAUCGCUUACUAUGACAGCCUCAUGGGGAAGAUGGAGCCUCUGGUGCCCUGGAUGCAGGAGGCGGAGGAGGAAAGAUUCCAGACCCUUGAGUGGGUAUUUGAGAUUGACCUGGAGAACUUAUCAAAACUCAACCAUCAAACAGGAGCUGGCAGGUGAAUUUGGGCUGUGAGCUCAAAGAAGACGGGAGCAAAGGAGGGUUUUUGCAUUAUGGUUAUGAUGGGAAGGACUUCAUCAGCUUCGAUAUGGAGACCCUCAGAUGGGUGAUAGCUCAGCCCCAGGCUGAAAAGAUCAAGGAGAAGUGGGAAGAUCAUCCAGGGUGGUCCCAGAGGAAAAAAAUCUUCCUGGAGAAGACCUGCAUUGAGUGGCUGCAGAGAUACCAGUCCUACCAGAAGGAGGCUCUGCAGAGGCUCGAUCCUCCAGUGGGGAAGGUGACUCGCAAGGUGGUGGAUGACAGCCUGGAGGUCCUCGUCUGCCAGGCCUUUGGCUUCUACCCUAAGGAGAUCCAGGCCACUUGGAGGAGGGAUGGAGAGGUCUGCCAUUAUGUGACCGUCCAAAGGAACAUGGCCCUCAACUCAGAUGGGACCUAUUAUGUCCAGCUCAGCAUUGAGAUUGACCCCAAGGAGAGGGACCGCUUUCAGUGUUACCUGGAGCACGAGGGUUUGCAGGAGCCCCUGGUCUUGGCCUUGAAGGAGGAAACAGCUACAGACUGGCAAAUUGUUAUUGGAAUCGGGGCUGUCUUAAUCUUAAUCUUAGGAUAUGGGAUUCUCUUCCUUAUAAGUAAGUAAAACAAACAUAUCUGCUGACAUCCACCCCUGGGUCUUCCUCUGUUCACUGAGCUAUUGUGGAUGGCAGAACAUUUCCACCAAAAACAUUUUGAACAGGAGUUGGAAAGGAAGAAGGAACUAGGCAGCUGUUUUGGACCCGGCGUGCAACCAUGCCAGGGGCCAGUCUGCUUUAAACUUCAUGCUUUAGGAUUUGGGUCUCUCAGAUCAAUUUAUUGUUCUGGCCCUGCUCCAUCUGGUAAUGAACACAGACACAGGCUUAGCUGUUUGCCACUCUUUAUUCGCAGCAAUUAUAAUCCUGUUAGCUGAAAGC